AUGCCACUUCUUAAAGUAAAAGUUGAAUACAACAAGGCUAACAAGAUCUUUAACAUCGAAAGAACCGACCCGAACAUGUAUGAUAUUCUUUGUGAAGAGAUCGAAAAGAAAUAUGGAGAACCACUUUUGCUGUUUUAUAACGGCAUCAUCGUCUCAGACAAGCCUUCAUUUGCUGCAGCAGUAAACGAUUGUGUUAACUCAAAGGCGUCAUUUAUACAGCUCAUGGGAAGACCUAUUAAAAAGGGUACCAAGCUUGCCGAACCACCAAAACCAGAAACCACAACCGAAGAACCAAAAAAAGAAGAACCAAAAGUCGUGGAACCCAAGAAAGAGGAAAAGAAGCCCGAGCCGAAAAAAGAAGAAAAAAAAGUCGAACCUAAAAAGGAAGAACCCAAACCAGAAGCAAAGAAAGUGGAGACCAAGAAAGAAGAACCAAAAAAAGUCGAACCCAAAAAAGAAGAGUUAAAGAAGGAGGAACCAAAAAAAGAGGAGCCUAAGAAUGAAAAGAAAGUCGAGGAGGAAAAGAAAGAAGAAGCUCCAGCUGAUGGAAAGAAAGGACCUGUGACAAAAACCGGUGAUUUGGAUAAUUGUGGUAAGUGUGGAAAGCCGGUUGCUGGUGGAUACAAGGCACUUGAUAGAAUAUGGCACAAAGAAUGCUUUGUUUGUGUAGAGUGUGGAAAAGACUUCAGUGGAGAUAGGAAGCUGAUGGAGAAGGAUGGCAAUCCAAUUUGCAGCAUUUGCUACACCGACUUGUACUCACCAAAAUGUGCAGUUUGUGGAAAGUCGUUGUGUGGACAAUAUUGCAUUGUCAAUGGACAGAACAUGCACAAGGAGUGCUUCAAGUGCACUGAAUGUGGCAAACCAAUUGAUGGCCAGUACAUGCUCAAAGAUGGUAAGAUCGUAUGCAAACAGUGCGCCUAA